CCGCCAAUUUUUAUUUAUUUUUGACAAAAUUACAAAAUCAUUUUUUUCUUUUAUCUAUAAUUGAAAUGCAGAUAUGUCAGGUAGAGACCAUUUCCUCGUAACCGGUCGGAUUUCACGAGAUUUCCGGCGAAACUCCGACAAUAAGUCCGCAUGGGGAACCAACGUCAUGCUCUACCCGGAGUCUCUAAACCUCACUUUCCUCACCAUGGAACGUAGUCUAACGAGCCACAACGAGUUUGCAAUUCCUUAUCCCACUUACUUUCACCCUACGUCAACCUCCGAGAUCCUCCGCUGGCAAGACAAGAUCAGGCUCACUAACCGGACGAUCCUCUUCUCAUUCGCCGGAGCUCAAAGACCAAUUAGAAACCAGAACGGUUUGGUUCGCACUCAAGUUAUAAAACAAUGCAAGAGCUCAUCUAAUACGUGUAGGUUUCUUGACUGUGACGUCAAAGCCAAUAUUAGCUGCGAUGAUCCGAUCAGUCUGAUGAAACUUUUCGAGAGUUCAGUUUUCUGCUUACAACCACCGGGUGAUUCGUUAACCAGAAGAUCGGUAUUUGAUUCAAUCUUGGCUGGUUGUAUUCCGGUUUUCUUUAACCAAGGUAGCGCAUACAAGCAAUAUAGAUGGCACAUACCUAAGAACAAUAGCGAAUAUUCGGUUUAUAUACCGGUUAAGGAGCUGAGAACCGGGGGAAAGAACAAAAUCGAAGAGAUUUUGCGUGGAAUACCAAAUGAGAGAGUGGUUGGUAUGAGAGAAAACGUAAUAAGAUUGAUUCCGAAGAUUGUGUAUAGUAAACCAAACCGGAACAAACCAGAUGGAGAGAUUCUUGAAGAUGCUUUUGAUGUUGCUGUGAAGGGAGUGGUUAAGGGAAUAGAAGGGAUAAGGAGAAAAGAAUUCAAGACUGAGUAACUAAGUUUAUAACUAAUUAGACAACAAAAAAGAAUAUGUCCUACAUUUGUUAUUGUAUUUAAUUGUUCGUAGGUCUUGUAGUAUGUUGUUCUUAUUCUUUUACUUCAAAUUAGAUUAGUUUAAAGUUUUACUAAUAUACAUACAUAAAAUACCAUGUGAAAAAACGAGAUUUCACUAAGAAAUGAUAAUUCUAAAAUAAAAUCCA